GUUUCUUUUGCUUUCCAGAUUUCACAGCCCUUUUUCAGCCCACCAAAUGAAUCGGCUCCGCCAUCCCCGCCUUGCUGCACCACCACUCCUCCGCCUCAAACUUCCUCAAUCCGUCCACGGCUGCCACACCUGUCAAACCCCAACACACCCUUCUCUCCCCCUGUCUGACCCGUCAUUCAAAUCCAAAAUUGUAGAACUCAUCACAAACCAACACUGGUCAGAGCUUAAACCCCUGCUAAAACCCACAACUCCAUCCAAUUUUCUCCAACAAUUAUUCGACCACAACUUCCCUUCACAUUCCAUUCUCACCUUCUUUAGAUGGUCCCAACAUGGUUUCCAGGUUUCCCAUUCUUUACAACAUUUAUGCAAGUUAAUAGCUUUACUAGCAAAUGAUAAAAAAUACGCAAAAAUCCGAUCUUUAUUGCAUUUUUCUGUUAAAAAAACACCACCUUUUUCGGUUUCUUCGUUUUUUCACACACUAGUGACUUGUAGUGAUGAUUUUUGUGCUAAUUCUAUUAUUACUGAUAUGCUGAUACUAGCUUUAGUGAAUAAUAAAAAAUUGGAUUUAGCUGUAGAUGGGUUUAGGAGGGCUGGAGAUUACGGGUUUAAGUUAUCUGUGAUUUCGUGUAAUCCAAUGUUAGGAGAGUUGGUGAAGAAUGGAAAAGUUGGAACCAUGGAGUUUGUGUUUAGGCAGAUAACUAAGAGGAGAGUUGAUGUUAAUUUGAUUACUUUUAAUGUGGUGAUCAAUGGUUUUUGUAAGGCUGGAAAGUUGAAUAAGGCAGGUGAUGUCGUGGAGGAUAUGAAGGUUCUGGGGAUUAUGCCUAAUGUGGUUACUUAUAAUACUUUGAUUGAUGGAUUUUGUAAGAAAGGUGGGGCUGGUAAAAUGUAUAAAGCUGACGCACUUUUGAAGGAGAUGGUGGAGAAGGGCGUAUUCCCAAACAAAAUUACAUAUAAUGUGCUGAUUGAUGGGUUCUGUAAGGCUGAUAAUGUGGUUGCUGCAUUAAAGCUUUUUAAAGAGAUGAAAGAGCAACAGAUAACACCAAGCAUAUCAACUUAUAAUUCGUUGAUUAAUGGUCUUUGUGGUGAAGGGAAAAUUGAUGAAGCUCUUGGUCUGCGAGAUGAAAUGGUUGGAUUAGGUUUUGAGCCAAAUAUAAGGACUUAUAAUGUAAUCCUAAAUGGAUUUUGUAAGAAUAAAAUGCUAGAGGAAGCUAAAGAGAUGUUUGAUGAUAUUGUGAAGAAAGGCGUCGAAGUCAAUGCAUUGACUUUUAAUACAUUAAUUGAUGCUUAUUGUGAAGCUGGAAACAUGGAUAAAGCUAUAGCACUUCAUCAAUUAAUGUUGACUCAAAAGGUGUGCCCUAGUGUUGCCACAUACAAUUCCCUUAUCGGUGGUUAUUUUCAAGAGGGUAACUUAGGAGCAGCUAACAAGCUUUUGGAGGAAAUGGAGGAGAAGGGUUUGAGAACUGAUCUUGUCACCUACAACAUACGUAUAGAUGAACUAUGCAAGAGAGGAGAAUCUAGAAAAGCAGUUAGACUUCUAGAUGAGAUCUUUGAGAAGGGCCUAAUUCCUAGUCAUAUUACUUAUAAUACUUUGAUGGCUGGCUAUUGUCGAGAAGGAAAUCCUACUGCAGCUUUGGUAGUGAGGAGACGAAUGGAAAAGGAAGGUAAGCAUCCUAAUGUGGUAUCAUACAAUGUGUUGAUUAAGGGAUUCUGCCAGAAAGGUAAGUUGGAGGAAGCAAAUUCCUAUCUUAAUGAGAUGUUGGAGAAAGGAUUGGUCCCAAAUAGGAUGACAUAUGAAAUUAUUAGGGAGGAAAUGAUGGAGAAGGGUUUUGUCCCUGACAUAGAUGGGCAUCUCUAUACUGAUUCUGUUAGUGUUUAGCCUUAUAGGCAAAACUUAUUGUGGUCUUGUAGUGGCUAAGGUUUUACUGUACUAUCAUGUGGAUGAAAGAGAUGAAGCCUGAAGGGUCGUAAAGUUUUGGUUUGCCGUCUUUCCCUAAUGUCAGUGUCUGUCUAAUGCUGGUUGUAAUGCAUUUGCUUGGCUCAACUUUUGCUCAAAACUGCGGGGGUGCUCAAGGGUCAGAAAUGAAAGUACAGUGUCAGCUUUUAAGCUGUAACUCCAGUCUUAAUCAGAUUGAAUCUGCAAGAGGCAGAAGAAAUUCAUUUAUAUCCACAGUGAAGCUUUGUGCAAUAAUUGGAGGUACUAGACAAGUCAUGAAGAUCUUGAACAUCGUCUCAAGUAGGUGGGUCUGACUCUUAUUUAGUUGAUAAUAAUGUUCUUUACUGGUUAGUUCCUACUUAUGAUAUCACCUUCGUUAGGAAUUUACUCUGCAAAUAAUGAUAUAUGCACUGAUGCAUCGCUAUUGUGCGUGCCUCAGGGAAACCUAGACUUCCUCCAAUACAUACCCUGUUGCUUUUUCAUGUUCAAAACUUGACAAAAUCAAGCGAGGGUUUUCAAUUGUGGGGGGGUGGUCGUCAGUGCAUAUAAAUUCAUAUCGAUUGGGUCAGCUUCUUUACGGUUGUGCUCUUCAGCCUAUACUCAAGCUUUAGCCCUACAAAUGUGCUGUUUCACAGAAAACUCAGGCACACUAUCGCUGUUUUCAGUUUGAGCUUUGCAAUUUUCCCUUGGAUGAGUUUAAAAUUGCUGCAGCUCCUUGCCGCAUGUCAAACUUAGUUAAGGAAGAGCUUAAUUAGUUGAUAUCAAGUUCUGUUAUUCUUUCUUGCUCUUAAUGAAUGGAGUCACUACUCUUUUUGGUGAUACAACUCAAAUUGGUGAUCAUUUUACUUUUGGUGUCAGCCAUAAUAAUGGGAAAAAUCAGGGAAAAUGCUUAUGCAGAGUAAAAAGAGAAGAAUUCAAGCAAACAGAUUCUUUUUGUAAUUUAGUUGCUUCUCCCCAGCCCAAUGUUACUUCGUGAUUCUAGUUGCUGGUUCAAUUAUGUUCUGCUCCCUUUAUUCAUUCAUUUUUAAGAACGUGGCAUGCAAUUGAACUCAAUCAUGUUAACCCUUCAAGUUGUGAACGAUAUCUUCAGUCUCAUGGCUCAAACCAAAAUUGGAGAAGAUCCAAUUGUUACCCGAUGCGUUGGUUCCACCAUUGAAUUUGAAGCCGAAAAGAAUUUUGGUUGUCUGAGACAAAAAGAGAAUCUAAACUGAGUAAGAGACCUCAUCUUGAACAAAUUGACAAAAGCAUAUUGGCCAACUGUACCAAGGGAUAAGGAAGUCAGCAUAUUGGCUUGAUGAUUUUUCAAGGAUUAGGAGCAUAUUAGGUGGUUUUCUUUCUUACACGUGUUUUCCUCUUGGUCUUGCGAAAUGCAUAUAACAUUCGUCUUCGGAAAAGUCAGAAUAAAUUGUCCGACAUACAGGAUGCACGGGGGACAUUUCAAUUUGAGAUGAUCAGCAUAUUUACGUGCUCAGCAAAAUCAUAAAUUAAGAAUUGAGAGCAUAGGACUUUCAUCCAUGUUGAUAGAGAAAGAUUGAAGGAAUUGCAAUGGAUGGAGAGAUGGUGAACGAUAUUCCUGAGGAUCCAAUCCAAAGAGAGAUAGACCAAUUAGAUGAAUCAAACAAGAAAACGGAGCAAAAUAUUCGAAAGCUGGAAGCAAGAGCAGCCCAAAAUGUCAACCUAUAUUUCAUAUUCCAAGCAGUGAUUCUUGCGUCAAUCACCUCUGCCUCAUCUCUCAGGUGUCAUCACUGGUGGCUUCCAUUGACCCUCUCACUUCUUGUUGCCGUCCAAAACUUGUUCACCUUUGUCAGCGCCAUGUACAAAAUUGUCAAGUCAAAAGAAGAGCUCGAUCAGGACACCUUGGACCUUGCUUUCAUCAAGUUGUACAGGAUCAAAAGGGCUCAACUCAAUCAGGUAUUGCCUGGAACUCCGUUCGAUCAACUGCAGGGUGGUUCUCGAGUCGCUAAACAAGGGAAUAAUCAGAGUUUUAGGCCAAAGCCGGGCUUGUUUAGCCGGUGGAAACGCCGUUUACUUGUUUAUUCUUCCGUUGCUCUGUUUGUUGGCUUCAGUGUUGCUAUAAUGUAUGGCUGCUACAGCCUUCUUUGCCGUUCCAAUGAGGAAAAGUGUGUGAAAGUCUGCUAAUUCAACCCCUCUUUUUUCUCAGCAAGGUAAAUGGUGACCACAAGUUAAAAUUACCUUGUUGGUUGAGGCCUAAGGACUGAUUGUCAACCUGUAUAGUAGUCAUUUUAAAAAAAUUAAAAUAAAUAUAAGAUAAGAGUGUAUGACCUUUUCUUUUC